AUGGCGGGGAUGACUCCCGGCAGCACUGGGGUCGCCCACGCACUCUAUCUCGCCAUCCUCUUCUCCAUUCCCAUUGUAGGGAUGACGACGAGAGAGCAGUCGAAGAUGGAGUUUAAGGAGAGAUACGUCUGUUUUGUGGCCAUCUUCGUGUUGGUGUCCUGCGUCGUCUACCAGCAGACCCUGGUUGCCGUCAUCCAUCUCGACGCUGUCAAUCGACAGGUUCGAACCCAUGUGGAAGACUUACAGGGACAGAUCCAAAGCCUUCGGGGGAACCUGGAAGAUUUGCAGUCCCAAAUCACUAGAGAGGAAGACUUGGAGCAGGAAGGCUCCAAGAAAGAAAACAUUUUCCUCGAGGAUGAAAGUGUGGACGAAGGCAGUUUGGACAAAGUUCUGCUGGCAAGGGGAUACAUCGAUGGAGAGAAACGGAACCCCCAAGAACGAGGACGGAAAGGAAAAGGCCGCGACCGCCAGAAGCAUCAUCGACAAGAGAGUGACGCUACGACGUGA